AUGCCCGUGCCAGAAGGGCACAAUACUAGGGAACCGUCACAGCCUUAUUUUCAGGACUAUGUUACCCUACUGCCAAAGAAAAGUACAACCUCCUGCUCCUCUUCGCGCAACUACUUCCCGCCGACAGACACAGUCACUCUGUCCGGCAGCCUCUACCACCGUUACAAGCCCAACAAAUGGACCCGCCUCGGUCUCUGCAUGCUGACAACCUCGGCCCGCUUCCUGGGCUUCAAAAAAUCCCCUCUUGGCGGCAGCGGUGCUAACGGUACCCAGUCCUCGGUUCCUCCCAGUGUGGCUGUCUUCCUCUGCAGUGCCUCCUCAGCGGUCUAUGCAGGACGUGAUUCUGGCAUGGACCACGUCAUCAAGAUCACCCACCCGGCACCCCAGCUGGCCACUGUAUUAGCCGCUGACUCGGAAGAAGAGGCCAUGAUAUGGAUUCAGGUAAAUCAAGUGUUUGUUGAUAAACGUUCACCCGACCGCUAG